AUGAUGCCCGUGUACAAGUUCUCAAACAUGGAGAACCGUCGAAGGGUCCGCAAGGUGCUUUACGAUCCGAACGAGCCAAAGAUUGAAUGUGAUUGCAUGAUAUGGAACAGUGAAGGUAUUCCUUGCUGCCACAUAUUCUACGUGAUGAAGUACGAGGGUAUGGAAGAAAUCCCACCAGGUUUGAUACUGAGGCGUUGGUGCAAGGACACCAAAGAAUGGACGGCAUCAGCAAGCUGUGGGACAGAUAGGCACGGGAAUCAGUUACUAAGAGAUGCUGCAGCAACGAUAAGUUAUUUGGAAGGCAAGGCCAAUACUGACAUGAUGACGGUCGCCAGAUAUACCAAAACAGUAGAGGAUCGGCUUGGUAGCCUAUUCUGGGUGGACGGGCAGAUGAUGGAGGAUUAUCAGUUGUUCGGUGACGUGGUUGCAUUUGAUGCAACAUACCGGUCCAAUAAGUACAAGAAGCCUCUAGUUGUGUUCUCUGGAUCAAAUCACCACAAGCAGAUGGCGAUUUUUGGUUUUGCAUUGCUGGAGGACGAGGAUGUCCGUACAUAUAGGUGGGUGUUGUUGAAUAUUCUUGAUGUCAUGGAUAACAAGAAGCCUUCCAUUGUGGUCACCGACGGGGAUAAAGCCAUGCGGGCAGCAAUUGCGAAUGUGCUUCCUUUAGCCAGGAAGGUGUUCAAGAAGGCAGUUUACGCAAACUUCGAUGUUGCGAAGUUUGAGAAGUAUUGGAGGACGGCCGUGGAGAAUCUAGGAUUAAUGAACAACAGCUGGGUCAAAAGCACCUAUGAACUAAGACAUAGUUGGGCAACGGCAUAUCUAUGGGGUACUUUUUGCGCCGGCUACAGGACAACUUCCAGGUGUGAGGGCAUAAAUGCAUUCGUCAAAGGGUUCCUUAAGUCGACAAAUAGCCUUCUGGAAUUGGUUCACAGCUUGGAUAGGGUGGUGAAAGAUUACUGCAACAAUGAGGUCACGGCGCAAUGUUAUUCGUCGUACUACACGCCCGUUCUGACGACAGGUCUUGAUAACAUAGAGCUGUUUCCUUCGAAUAUAUACACCAAGGCAGUCUUCAAAGAGGUUAGGAAACAAAUAAAGAGGGUUGGGAGUUUAUUAUUUUUGGGGAAAGACAGCAUAAGCACGACGCCCGUGUACAAGUUCUCAAACAUGGAGAACCGUCGAAGGGUCCGCAAGGUGCUUUACGAUCCGAACGAGCCAAAGAUUGAAUGUGAUUGCAUGAUAUGGAACAGUGAAGGUAUUCCUUGCUACCACAUAUUCUACGUGAUGAAGUACGAGGGUAUGGAAGAAAUCCCACCAGGUUUGAUACUGAGGCGUUGGUGCAAGGACACCAAAGAAUGGACGGCAUCAGCAAGCUGUGGGACAGAUAGGCACGGGAAUCAGUUACUAAGGUAUGACGCGUUGUGCAGUGCAAUGAGUGUUGUUACCAUUUUUUUACGGCAACAGCCAAAAUCAGUAGGAAACAACAUCAACGAUGGACACUCCCUAGACAAAUUUCCAACGGAGGAAAGGACCUGGGAACCCCACGUUGAGGCUAUGACAGACUCCGAUCCGUUAACCGUGAGUCCUAAAGUCGUCGUUGUUGUAAUCGCAACCGGUGAUCAAACCGGGGAUUUGAACCCCGUCUCUUUUGUUUACAUGACAUUUUUGUCAUCUCAACCGGAUCUUCCAACCGAUCUUUAUCGAAUUUGA